AUGCCAGAUCUCUUCUCUGGCGACCCGGCGCCAAAUUCCCAGGUCAAGGAAGACGACCCCGACAUCCAAGCCGGUGAUGGGGGAGGCUUCUUAGGGAUGUUUAAACUCAAGGCUGUGGAGACGGCCAAGAGCUUCAUGAUUGACAUGUGGCUUGCGCGACACACAGAAGACAAGAUCCUACCCAUCAUCCACAAGGUUCUGGACGCGGCAAAGGAGGAGUUUGCGGAUGCGGUUGGGAAUGGUGGGGGGGUGUAUGCGGUGGGGUAUUGCAUAGGGGGACGGUAUGUCCUGUUGCUGGGGCAACAGAGGGAGAAAAGGGGGGAGGAUGUGGAGCAGGGGGAUGUCAAGGAGGGACCGUGGAUCAAGGCGGGUGCGGUGGCGCAUGCGACGAUGGUGUCGAGGCAGGAUUUUGUGGGGUUGAAGGCGCCGGUUAGCUUGGUCAAUGUGGAGAGCGAUCCUAUGUUUCCUGAUGAGGUGAGGGUUGCUGGGGAGGAUGAGAUGAGGAAGGGGGGGGUGGAGCAUGAGGUGAAGGUUUAUCCUGGGGUUCCGCAUGGUUUUGCUGUUGUGGGGGAGUAUGAGGAUGGGAAUAUCAAGGAGGCGCAGAAGACGGCGUAUGGACAGAUGUUGAAGUGGUUACAGGAUCAUUGA